UUUGGUGAUUUGGUGUAAUUUUCUCAAUUUAAAGAGGGGCGGUUCAUCAAAAUAUGGUUAGCUCUCCUACUCCCAACUACAUCUCUUUAAUACAUCAGCCUAUCCAUCCACCAUCUUAAAUCGGCCCACUCAAACCCAUCUCUCUACUUUCAUUUCACAAUUCACACAGAUCUUCAAUUUUCCCAGUUCUUCUUGAAUCUUGAACAGAAUCCUUUGCAAUUUAAAGGGUUUGUUCUUACUGCAAUUUACUGAACUGGGUCUCUCUCAGUUUAAUCUCUAAAAUGAAAAUUACUGUUGUUUCACGCAGUGGUAGAGAGGUCGUUAAAGGUGGACUUGAGCUCAAUGACUCUGCUACAGUGGCUGAUCUGCAGGAGGCAAUUCAUAAGAGAACCAAAAAAUUCUAUCCUUCAAGACAGCGGCUUACUCUCCCUAUUACACCGGGAUCAAAAGAAAGGGCAACGGUUCUGAACUACAAGAAAAGUCUCAAGGAUUACAGCGAUGGGAAUUCAGAUAAAAUUACUGUAGUUUUGAAGGACUUGGGUCCACAAGUUUCCUACCGUACUCUCUUUUUCUUCGAGUACCUGGGUCCUUUGAUCCUCUAUCCAGUCUUUUACUUCUUCCCCGUGUACAAAUAUUUCGGAUACAAUGAGGAACGUGUCAUCCGCCCGGUUCAGACAUAUGCUAUGUACUACUGGUGCUUCCAUUACUUCAAGCGUAUCAUGGAAACAUUUUUUGUACACAGAUUUAGCCACGCAACUUCACCGCUCUCUAAUGUCUUCCGAAAUUGUGCUUAUUACUGGACCUUCGGUGCCUACAUUGCUUACUAUGUGAAUCACCCGUUAUACACCCCUGUUAGUGAUCUUCAGAUGAAAAUCGGGUUUGGCUUUGGUUUGAUUUGUCAAGUUGCAAACUUCUAUUGCCACAUCUUGCUGAAAAAUCUUCGAAGCCCUGAUGGAGGUGGCGGGUAUCAAAUCCCAAGUGGAUUUCUAUUUAAUAUAGUAACAUGUGCAAAUUACACAACCGAGAUUUAUCAGUGGUUGGGUUUCAAUAUUGCAACACAGACUGUUGCGGGCUAUGUUUUUCUUGCGGUUGCCACUUCUAUAAUGACCAAUUGGGCCCUUGCAAAGCACCGCCGUCUGAGGAAGCUAUUUGACGGGAAGGAUGGAAGACCUAAAUAUCCACGCCGAUGGGUCAUAUUGCCCCCAUUCCUGUAGAAAUCAACGCAUUUGCGCCAAACUUAUUUGCUGAUUUAGUUCUUGAUUUGGGCAGUAGUACGAUGAUACUAGAUUGUGGUACGUUCAUCUCAAAAAUGAAGCGGAAUUCAUGUUUGAAGAACCGAGUUUUACUAUUAGAUAGUAAAUUAUUGGAUGGAGAUGAUCAAACAUAUUUUCUUUUAAAUUUUCUUCAGCCUGUUAAAUUAUUUUGCAAGUUACCUGAAUCUUGUUGGUUUAGCAAAGUUGUUGAAUUUUAGCUUUUUGAUGAUCAUUAGGAUCUCUUUAUUUAA